UGAAAGAACAAUUAAAAAUUUAUUUUAUUCAUUUGUUUUUUUGUAUAAAAUUCUUUCGACUUUGAAUUUUCAAGAAUUUUUCGUAGUUUUUUUUUAUAAUUUUAUUUUAAUACAAAACGGUCAACUCAUUCUUCUGAUCUAAACUUUUGAGUGUAAAUUCCAAACUGUCAGCUAAAAUAACAGCUUCAGAUGCAAUUAGACAAAAUUUCAAAACAGUAUAGAAAAUUCCAAAAACAACAACAACAACAUCAGCAAUAAUGUCAACAAAAUCUACAAGCGGCUCUCACAGUCACAGACAAUUGAGCACACGCACUUCCGAUAUCGAUGCAUUGGCACAGCGAGGCUAUAAUGUUGGUUCUAAAAUCGGAGAAGGUUCGUAUGCCACGGUCAUUACGGCCGGCUAUGCCGAUGACACUGGCAAUGGUAUACAUUUGGCCUGUAAGAUUAUCGACAAGGCCAAGGCUCCUUCGGAUUUUGUCAACAAGUUUUUCCCCCGUGAAUUGGAGAUUUUAACUAAAAUCGAUCAUCCCAAUAUUAUACAAAUUCAUAGUAUUUUGCAAAGAGGUCCCAAGAUUUUCAUAUUCAUGCGUUAUGCCGAGAAUGGCGACCUGCUGACCUACAUCAAGAAAAACGGCCCGGUGGAGGAGCUACAAGCCAAAGCCUGGUUUUUGCAAAUGGCCAAGGCCCUCAAGUAUUUACAUUCGCAUGAAAUUGCCCAUCGUGAUCUCAAGUGUGAGAAUAUAUUGCUCUCGAAACGCCUUAAUAUCAAACUGGCCGAUUUUGGUUUUGCCCGCUAUUGUUGUGAUGAGGCAGGUCGUGAAAUUAAAUCGGAAACGUAUUGUGGUUCGGCAGCCUAUGCUGCUCCCGAAGUUGUUGGCGGUCAUCCCUAUGAUCCGAAAUUAGCGGAUGCUUGGUCUUUGGGUGUCAUUCUUUUCAUUAUGCUCAAUGCUAAAAUGCCCUUUGAUGACAGUAAUUUAAGUAAAUUACUUGAAUUUCAACGUGGUAAAAAAUACGCCUUUCGUCGUAAACUGCAAGAUAAAAUUUCAGCUCAAGCUAAGGCCACAGUGGCGGUGCUGUUGGAACCAGAACCUCAUGUUCGCUGGAAUUUAAAAGAAAUUCUCAACUGCAGUUGGCUGCGUACCGAGGAGGAUGAGGCGUUGCUUUAAUUUUGUUAUUGAAGAUAAAAAAGAUUAUUCUUUGAACAUCUUUUAAAAUUUGUUAGUGUUUUGAAAAACAAAAAGUGUGAGUUUUCAGAAUUUUGUGAAAUUAUAGUUCUUUGAAAAUUGUUAAAGGAAAAC